UUCGUUUCCUCCAACUUCUACUGCUAAAAAAAUCUUUAUGGAUCCGAAUAAUAUAGUGAACAUAAUCAAAGAACAAACAAAUGAUAUAGAACAAAUACCAGAAUGGGUACAAAAAUUUAUUCCUCAAAAAGUUACUAUAAACAUAAGUUUAGACAAAAAAUCUUGA